UCUGUUGCGUGAAAGUAGUCGUCGGACUUCCCCCGGUAGCUCGCACAUGCUCAGUAGCGUGCGCAAAGUAUCGCUAAUCGAAGGAGACACUCGGAACGGUCGGCAACGACGGCGCGAGCUCGACGUGUUGUUUGCAGUUCAAAAUGCAGCCUGCAUCUACGUGUCUUGCGGUCUGAAGCCGUCACAAGGUAAAAGGAUGUGACUCCGUCUGGCGUUCAGUCUUCCUGCUAUGAGCCGAGAUCUGUCGGCUUGAGAGCGUGAGAUUAAUGGAAGGUGUGACGGAAGAGUUGAGGGAACAUGCGGAGAAAGGGCAGGAUGAGGCAGGACCCGCUUUAGCGGACGACACGCUUCCGAUCGGGAAGGACGAUCCAUCCGUCCCUGCGGUCAUGGAUCCGGGCGAAGACGAGACGGAGCCGCCUCCUGAUUGGCUGGAGCCGUUGGAGGACUGUGAAGACGAGGGUGAUGAAGGCGUGGAGAUUGACAGGAGCAGCGAGCGAAGAAACCGAAGGGGCAAAAAUGCUGCGCGGAGACGAGGGAGGCCGUCAGUGUCCGCCAACUGUGCCUGGGUGGACUGUCCUGACCUGGGAAGUGGCUGGAAGCGAAAAGUGAUCUUUUGGCGUGCGGGCAAAAGCGCAACGUAUUACCUGAGUCCCAAAGGCGUGCGCUUCAGGAGUAAAGUCCAACUUGCCAAACACCUCAAGGCUGACCUGGCUCUCUUUGACUAUAAAGAAGGAAAGUUUGUGGAUGCUAUUACCCCCAGAAAGCGCCGAAAAACUCGUGUGAAAGAAGGCACCAGGCGCUCGAGGCUUUCUUCCUCCAGGGCCAAAACUCCGGACUUGGACAACGCUCGAACCUCUGAGAACUUAAGCACGCCGCCUCAGAACGGACCCCUCAGCCCCCAGAGACCCCACCUCAUCCCUAUACCACUGUCCAUCUCUCCACCUCUAAAGAGCUCCUACAGAAGCCCCCCAGAGCUUACUCCCGUCUCCCCCACCAUCCUCCAACAGCCUAGUCCUUCACCCUCGCUCAAACUGGAUGAUCUGACAGUUCAAACCAACUCGGUAUCUCAGUCCUGGCUCCAGUCCUCUUUGGCUCCGGUUAGCCCCAUCAAAACCCCAGAGAGUGACUUCCCACCUUAUCCAAAUGGCCAGACUGACCUCCAUCCAAACCCCGCGACACAGCUGGACCCUGAAGGAGGAAUCAAGGAUCAUGGCCUUCCUCCUCUCGAAGGCUGUGCAAACUGCGGUUGUAAAUACCCUGGGAUGGGAAGUGGGAAGCAGCUGCUGUGUCGAAAAUGCAGACCAAGGAGAAAUCAGCAUCCUCAUAUCAUCUUCAGGAAGGUAGGACAAGAUAGGUGGAUUCUGGGAAACUCCAAAAAUGACAUUUCCCUUAAAAAGAAGAUUCCCUCUUUAGGGAAGAGACGCCAUUCUUCUAAGUCACUCAGAUUGAUGGCUCAGCAGGAAAAGGAAAAGGAAGAGAUUAAGAAGGAAGUGCAGCAGGACAGUGAUGACGAUGACGACGGGCCCGACGGCGGACCCGAUGAUGACGAUGAUUGUGGUCCAAGGAAACGCAAACGUCGAAUGUGCGGUCAGUGUAAAGCCUGCCUUCGUAACGAGAACUGUGGAAAAUGUGAUUUUUGCUUGGACAAGACCAGAUACGGCGGCCCUAACAAGCUGAGGCAGAAAUGUCGGUUUCGACAGUGUCAGGUCCGGUCCCGCCUUCAGACAGGGUCACUUAAAUACGCCCGUUCUGUCGAUUUGGUGGACUCGGGACAGGGCGAGCCGAGCUCCCGGAAGCACGGCAGACACUGGGGGAGGAGGAAGAUGAAGCGUCGUUCAAGAAGCAGCAAAUACUGUACGGACGACGAAAACGACGACGACGGCAAAUACGAAGGCAGGCAUUCGCCCAGGAAAGGACGAAGGGGCAGGCCAAAGAAACACGGGCACCACUUUAAACGAGUGAAGGACGAAGAAGAGGAUAAGGGGUCGGAUCCUGAUAUCGAGGACGAAGGACCAGGCGACCUGGAGCAGGACCCAUUUGUGGUGUGUGAUGAUGGCAGCAGUGGUUUUUACGAGUCUGAAGAGCUCUACUCAAACAACUACAUUCAGGAUGGGCCGGACCUCGAUAUGAUCAGGAGCAGUGCACCUCAGCCUGUGGAGGUGGAGUUCCCUGAGCUUCCCCAGGCACCAGGACUUGUGUACGCUGUACCCGCUCUACCUGAUGGUUCUCAGCUGAUCAGCUCAGUCCUGCCUAAUGGGGUUCCACUUCAGCUGAGUGCCUUGCCAGGCACACACGCCCCCCUGAUGCUGGAUGAUGUGCUGGGCAAAGCUGCCCCUCAGCAGCACCCCGAGGUCCUGAGCAGCAACGGGCCGCCUCUCCGGCUCAGCGAUUUCCUGAGGAAUCAUGGACUGGAGCUGGUCGAGGUGGAUACGACCAUACCACAGAUCCUUCCAGCUCCUCCCAUAGCUCCACCGAUGGCUUCUUCCACAGCUCCGCCCAUACCUCUUUCCAUAGUACCUUCCACAGCUCCUUCCAUACUUCCUUCCACAGCUCCUUCCAUACUUCCUCCCACAGCUCCUUCCAUACUUCCUCCCACAGCUCCUCCCAUACUUCCUCCCACAGCUCCUCCCAGCCAUGAGCCAGAAUGCCAGGGCGAACCACCAUCACCUGAGGUCUACAGCCUUCCGGACUCUACUGAGAGUUCCUCGAUCCAGGGCUCCGGGCUGCUGGAGCUGCUGACGUCUCUGCGCCGCACCAUUCUCCCUGCACACUGGGUAGGUGUGGUGGCUAAUGGCCCUAUCCUGCAGCUCUUCCAGUGCUCCAAGCUUUCUCCCAUGGCUGACACGGUGCUACAGAUCGAGCCGGACUUCUUCUACCAGAUCAGCGUGCAGAACCAACCGCUGCUGCCCACACACGCCGUGUACGAGCGCCACCCGGCUCGCCUUACGUCCGUCAGCAAAGUAGUGACCCUGCUGCUCGACCUAGAGGAGAUGAACGUGUGUCAGGGCUACCAGAGCUUCGAGGCGAACUCGCAGCGAGAGCCGCUGCUGUGCGCACGCGCCGCCUUGUGCCAGCUGCUCGUCCCGCAGGACGAGGACUGCUGCGAGAAAUGCCAGGAGUGCAACCCUCUCAUUAAGAGCUAGUGCAUGAAACCCGGUGCACGUCUGCCAUCAACACGGUUAGAAGAGGAGAUCUGAAAGUCAUUACCGUUCACUGGUUUAUUGUGAAGUGUAUAAAGUCAAUACGAUCAUCCUACAUUAGAACCGUAUUAAUGCAGGGGUUUUGUGUUGAUGUGGAAACAAUGCCAAAACUCCGGGUAGCAAACCUUAAAGGAAUACUCUGAUGUUUUUCCAACUUAAUCUUCAUCAGUCUUUAACGACUUCCAUCCUAAUUGAGUUUCAAGUAAACAGCUGUACUCUUCUUUUUACAUGAAAGUGUUAUAUCUGAUGUCGUAGUAGACAGUACAGAUUGGAUCGGCAGUGAUUCAAUUCAAUUCAAUUUGUAUAGCGCUUUUCAUGCUAUAGCAGCUUUACAGAACAAAUAGAUUAUUAAAAGAUUAAUAUCAGACAAAAAGGUCAAGAUUAAUAUUAGACUUUAUAGAAUUUAUUUCUAUUUAUCCCUAAUGAGCAAGGCCGAGGCGACUCGAUUAUCUUGGGAAAAUUUCUGGAGUGUGCUUUAAGGUCUGCGCUCGUUCUUGAAAGUUCUCCCGGCAGUGACGGCUCCGGCGGGAUAGAUGAUAUUCAUCUCAGCAUAGCAAGCUUGCAAGCCUGAGCAAGCGAAGUGAAUAUUCCUGGUGAGAUUUCCCAGUCAGUUCCCCGGGACACUCCCUGGACGUUCGAGAGAUUUUUUUUUUUUUUUAAUUUAUUGAAUAGUACUGUGACUUUGUACAGUGGUGCUCUAAGGGCUUGGUUUGAUUUGACGUCUUCUCCGAAAACUCUGGAGCCGUUGUUCUAAUGGUGCUUUUUCCUUGUCUCUACGUAGCUCUCUGUAGCAAAACAUCCUUAGCGGGAGCCUGUGAUGCUCAUCCAUGGCCAACCCUUAAGCCUUCUUUGUCUUUGUCCUAGUGGCUUUUGUUCUCGAUUUGCUCUCAGGCGUGCGGAGAGAGUAAGGGAAGUCAUUGAACCUUUAACUACCUCUCAGUGAUUCCUUGGGCCAUCGAUGGUGUCCAUAACUGUUUAGUAUCGCUUUUUUACUUUUUACUGCUGUCUUUGCUUAGCUUUCACCCGUGACGCACCUCACCUUGCUCUUGUCGAUCGAAGGCUUUCCGUAUGGAAAUCCACCAAGCUUCGUCUUUUAGCUUAGCAAUGAUACACAUUUAACUCUAGGAUGUUUUGAGUGCUGCUGUUUGUGUUGUUUUUACCUUUUUUGUACUGUUAAACAAGAAAAUCACUUUUAUUUAGAAUGUAAUCCUAAAACCUUACACACCUUAGGGUAUGUAUCAGCUUCCAUUUUUCUCAGCCUAAUUCUUCAGUAUCGCAACACUGUAAUGAUAGUAUUGGCACAGAAGAAAACUGCUAUCUGAUAUGAGCUGUGUCUCAAAUCACAUACUUGUGCACUGUUCUAAACAGUGUCCAAAAAUGGCCAGAACGGUCACUGGGGAAAAUAUAUAAACUUAAAUGGAAUAAAAAAAAAAAAAAAAACUGGGUCAUGUUUUUCCGAAUAAACCAUGAAGCGAUGGAGGCUUCCUCCCCCAUCAAGCACCAUGGAAAUAAAGCAGGAGCAGGAUGGCCUUGUGGCACAUAAAGACAUGGCUUCCAUUGACAGCAGGAGAGGUUUAGUCUCCCCUGAGCUGAACACUGUUUGGAUUUUGAACCAGUUGAAGAAUAAGCUCUCAGUGCUAAACAUCCUGAAUAAUUUCUCAAGGUUAAGUCGAAGAUACACUAUAUUGCCAAAAGUAUUCGCUCACCCAUCCAAAUAAUCAGAAUCAGGUGUUCCAAUCACUUCCAUGGCCACAGGUGUAUAAAAUCAAGCACCUAGGCAUGCAGACUGUUUUUACAAACAUUUGUGAAAGAAUGGGUCGCUCUCAGGAGCUCAGUGAAUUCCAGCGUGGAACUGUGAUAGGAUGCCACCUGUGCAACAAAUCCAGUCGUGAAAUUUCCUCACUCCUAAAUAUUCCACAGUCAGCUGUCAGCUGUAUUAUAAGAACGUGGAAGUGUUUGGGAACGACAGCAACUCAGCCACGAAGUGGUAGGCCACGUAAACUGACGGAGCGGGGUCAGCGGAUGCUGAGGCGCAUAGUGCGAAGAGGUCACCAACUUUCUGCAGAGUCAAUCGCUACAGACCUCCAAACUUCAUGUGGCCUUCAGAUUAGUUCAAGAACAGUGCGCAGAGAGCUUCAUGGAAUGGGUUUCCAUGGCCGAGCAGCUGCAUCCAAGCCAUACAUCGCCAAGUGCAAUGCAAAGCGUCAGAUGCAGUGGUGUAAAGCACGCCGCCACUGGACUCUAGAGCAGUGGAGACGCGUUCUCUGGAGUGACGAAUCACGCUUCUCCAUCUGGCAAUCUGAUGGACGAGUCUGGGUUUGGCGGUUGCCAGGAGAACGGUACUUGUCUGACUGCAUUGUGCCAAGUGUAAAGUUUGGUGGAGGGAGGAUUAUGGUGUGGGGUUGUUUUUCAGGAGCUGGGCUUGGCCCCUUAGUUCCAGUGAAAGGAACUCUGAAUGCUUCAGCAUACCAAGACAUUUUGGACAAUUCCAUGCUCCCAACUUUGUGGGAACAGUUUGGAGCUGGCCCCUUCCUCUUCCAACAUGACUGUGCACCAGUGACCAAAGCAAGGUCCAUAAAGACAUGGAUGACAGAGUCUGGUGUGGAUGAACUUGACUGGCCUGCACAGAGUCCAGACCUCAACCCGAUAGAACACCUUUGGGAUGAAUUAGAGCGGAGACUGAAAGCCAGGCCUUCUCGUCCAACAUCAGUGUGUGACCUCACAAAUGCGCUUCUGGAAGAAUGGUCAAAAAUUCCCAUAAACACACUCCUAAACCUUGUGGACAGCCUUCCCAGAAGAGUUGAAGCUGUUAUUGCUGCAAAGGGUGGACCGACGUCAUAUUGAACCCUAUGGAUUAGGAAUGGGAUGUCACUUAAAUUCAUAUGCGAGUCAAGGCAGGUGAGCGAAUACUUUUGGCAAUAUAGUGUAUUUCCUCAGAUUCUGGUUUAUUAAUAUCUUAUUGAGAAAAUCCGGCUAUGAAAAUAUUACCGAAAGUAUUAAAAACUACUGAAUCUAUUUUUAAGUAUUAGGUUAAUGUAUGCAAUCUGAGACACAGCUACGGUUCAAAUCACUCAAUCGGGGUUUCAUGUUGGAACCAAAUGGAUUGUAAUGUAACACAAAGUACAGACGGGUGACAGAUUCAAGAGGAAAAAAACCAUGGCUUGUAAGCUGAAGGGGCGUGAUUUGCCUCGAAUUAUCCCUUUAGAGAUGAAUGGGCACUGCAAAUCAGUUCAAUAUUUUUUUUGGACAGAUCACCUUUAAGAAGAAACAUUUUAAUCCUGAUGGGUGUGGUCUUUUCCAGGAAGACUCCGCCCCCAUCUACCGGGCACAAGGGCUCACUGAAUGGGUUACUGAGGCGGAAAUUGAUGUACAACACGCACUAUGUCCUUCCCAGUCACCAGAUAAUUGUAAUUUUAAAACAGCGCCCUCCAUCAACAUCAUCGAAAUACAAACUUUUUAGGAGAAGGAUGGUGUUGAAUUCACGCUAUUUAAGCUGUUCUAGUAGCUUGUGUUGGCUCAACAGCUUACUAACACAGUUGGGUUUUCCUUUAAUUUGUCUCCUGUCUGUAAAAGAAUCACUGAGGUCUUCACACUCGUAUUCUGCAGAUUGUGUCUUCUCUAAUGUUAGUCUACCAAAAAAAACAACAACAACCUAAGCUGAUGACUGAUGUUAACCAAAAGCUCUACUGAAGCUGGGACAGGAGACUGUUUUCUAGCUAGUGAUUAACAUGAGUGUUGGCUGAUGAUGCUAUUUUUACACUUGAGUACACUGUGUCCGGCGUUGGCUUCUGCGCCCCACUGCCACUUUCCGUUACAGGUACACAAAAGUUCUCUAAGGCUGCUUUCACACUUGGCAUUCUUUCUCAAACGACAAAACACAUUUCACAUGCAGACAUCGCAGAAAGCGCUGGCAAAGGCAUUUUUUGUCACGGUUUUUGUCAAGUUCUGAGCACCAUGUGAUAGUGAGUGGGUUUUUUUUUAACUUCCUGGUUAAUCAGGUUGCAAGUGAGAAGAAAACAAACGAGAAGGACAACAUCCUGGUGAAAAGAAAUCAGUCUUGUUAGCGAACAGAUAUUAGGAAAUUUGCUACACGCUGAAUGGAAAAUAAUUAUUCAGGCAGUCAGCAUGAAAGUGCUCCCAGCUGUAUAACACAAAGCCAAGCGUGAACGCAGCCUGAAGCAUCAGUACAACACUUUAGGUUGGUGUCUUGCACUACUGAAUGAAAACUUCAAAAACAUUACACAUGUUCGUGUCAAUAAGCUGCUCGUGCUUCAUGUUGUCUUUCAGUAUUCGCAUUACCGAUGCUCUUGAAAUGAAUAAGCGUGGAAGUCCUGAGGUGAAGCGUUCUAGUCCCGGAGAACGGCAGCGCGAAGGGCAGUUUGGUGUUUUCCUUGCUAUUUUAUGACUACAAAUGUGUCUCACCAGUGCUGUGGAAGUGUGUGUGAUGCUAUAUAAAUGAAGGGACUCAUGGACCAAAGUUACAGUUGGGUGAUUUGUCCUCUGUUAACACCUCUGAUUCACCAAAACUGUCCAAACUGGCCUAAGAUGGUCGGAUGAUUGUUGGUACCCUUAUCGCUUGUGCAUUUAUGAAUGACGGCAAGUCGGAAAUGGGUUUUUUCAAACGCCUUUGCCCUUCAUGAAACACUGAACGGUUGCUUUCUUAUACCGUACCCACGACUGUUUCCUUGAUUUUAUUAUUAUGUAAAGAAAAAAAAUGUGUAUAAAUUAAUACAGUUACCAUUCCUUUAAAGUAUUUUGCAGAAGUGUCCCUUUUCUCCUUUUUUUGUAUAGUCACUGGCAUGACAGUAAAAAAAAAAAAGAAAAAAAA